UCUAUCUCUAAAAACUAAUCUCAAGUUUUUUUUUUUUUUGAAACUAAACUAAUCUCAAGUUUGAUCAAGAAAUUCAAUAAAGAUGCCUAAAGAUAGGAAGAUCGGAAUCGCGAUGGACUUCUCGGAGAGCAGCAAGAAUGCACUGAAAUGGGCAUUUGAGAACUUAGCUGAUAAAGGAGACACACUUUACAUCAUCCACACGUUAUCAACCUCUGACGUUGACUCUCAUAACUCUGCCUGGCUCGAAUCCGGUUCUCCUCUCAUACCGUUGGUGGAGUUUAGGGAACCGGAGAUCAUGGAGAAAUAUGGUGUCAAGAUUGAUAUCCCAGUUCUUGACAUGCUUGACACUUGUUCAAGGCAGAAAGAGGUGCAUGUAGUGACGAAAUUAUACUGGGGAGAUGCAAGAGAGGCGCUGGUCGAUGCUGUUGAAGAUCUCAAACUUGAUUCUAUUGUCAUGGGAAGCAGAGGACUCAGUGCUCUUCGAAGGAUAAUAAUGGGAAGCGUGAGCAGCUUCGUGAUUCAGCAUGCUCCUUGCCCUGUCACCGUUGUCAAGGAUAACAUCUCCCACUAAAUUAUGAUGUCUUUAUCUCAUAUGUUUUUACCAAAACCAUCAUCGCUGCUUAUGCUUUUAAUUAAAGAAUAAAGGAUCCUUUUAUCACGGUUGUAUUUUGUUUUUCUAUUCGAAUUCAUAUGAAUACGUUAUUACUUCA